AUGCAUAUAACAAACAAUGUAACUGAGUUUGUGCUGUUAGGAUUGACCCAGGAUCCUCUGAGGCAGAAAAUGGUAUUCUUCAUCGUCUUGAUUUUCUACAUGGGAACAGUGGUGGGGAAUCUGCUCAUUAUUGUGACCAUUAAGUGCAGCCGGACACUAGGGAGCCCCAUGUACUUCUUCCUCAUCCACCUGUCCUUUGCUGACUCCUGCUUCUCAACGUCCACUGCCCCUAGACUGAUUGUAGACGCCCUCUCUGCCAAGAAAGUGAUCUCCUACAAUGAGUGUAUGACUCAAGUCUUUGAACUCCAUUUAUUUGGCUGCAUGGAGAUCUUCGUCCUCAUCCUCAUGGCUGUUGAUCGCUAUGUGGCCAUCUGCAAGCCCUUGCGUUACCCAACCAUAAUGCGCAGACAAGUGUGCCUCAUCUUGAUUGUUCUUGCCUGGAUAGGGUCAUUUAUCCAUUCUACAGCUCAGAUCAUCUUGGCUUUGCGCUUGCCCUUCUGUGGACCCAAUCUGAUUGACCAUUACUGCUGUGAUUUGCAGCCCUUGUUGAAGCUCACCUGCAUGGACACCCACAUGAUCAACCUGCUGGUGGUGUCCAACAGUGGUGCCAUCUGCUCAAGCAGUUUCGUUUUCCUGAUGGUUUCAUACUUUGUCAUCCUGUAUUCACUGCGAAACCACAGUGCAGAAGGGAGGAAGAAGGCUCUCUCCACUUGCACUUCUCAUAUCAUUGUCGUUAUUUUAUUCUUUGGUCCCUGUAUAUUCAUAUAUACACGUCCCCCCACCACUUUCCCCAUGGACAAGAUGGUGGCAGUAUUUUACACCAUCGGAACACCCUUUCUCAACCCAAUCAUCUACACACUGAGGAACACAGAGGUGAAAAAUGCCAUAAGAAAGUUAUGGCAUAUUAAAAUUACAGCAGAAAUCAAAGGGUGA